AUGUAUCCAUCGUGUGCGAAUUUAACUGAUCCGCAUGAGUUCAGCAUAUGCGAUCCGACCAGAAAUGAGACGGAACCCGAGCCAAUAUUUGACGAGGAUUUAGAGAAAAUAGUGUCGAUGACAGUUUUUGUAUUAUUUGGUAUAAUAUUCGUUGUUGGUUUAAUAGGAAAUGCUCUAGUGGUUAUCGUGGUUGCGUUCAAUCCAUUAAUGAGAUCAACGACGAACAUUUUAAUAAUCAAUUUAGCAAUUUCGGAUUUAAUGUUUGUAAUUAUGUGUAUACCUUUCACGGCUAGUGAUUAUAUUUUAACAAAUUGGCUUUUUGGGGAUCUAUGGUGUAAAUGUGUACAAUACAUGAUUGUAGUCACGUGUCUUGGUAGCGUCUACACACUAGUACUUAUGUCAUUAGACAGGUUUCUUGCUGUCGUUCAUCCUAUUUCGAGCAUGUCGAUACGAACGGAAAAAAAUGCCUUAAUAGCGAUAAUCCUAGCAUGGAUUCUUAUUUUUACGACUGCAAUUCCGACCGCAAUAUGUCAUGGUGAGGUAUCCUAUGUGCAUAAAGGAGAAAAUCACACAGCCUGCUUGUUUCUAUCAGAACAAGGAUAUCGUCAUGAUUUAUUCCAGAUAUCGUUCCUUCUCUCAUCUUAUGUCAUUCCAUUGUCAUUAAUAUCGUUCCUUUACGUUGGAAUGUUGUCACGUCUUUGGAGUUCUGGUGCUCCGGGUGGCGGAAAAGGCUCGAAAGAAUCCAGGAAGGGGAAGAAGCGAGUAACACGAUUAGUUGUUUUUGUGGUCGUCGCAUUUUCAAUCUGUUGGGCACCAAUACAAAUUAUCCUAGUAUUAAAAUCGUUAAAUCUUUACAAGACAAAUGCAAUAACCGUCUCAAUACAGAUCAUAAGCCACGUGUUAGCAUACUUAAAUUCAUGUCUAAAUCCAUUCCUUUAUGCCUUUCUAAGUGAAAACUUUAGGAAAGCUUUUAGGAAAGUUAUGUGGUGCGGUCGACAGCACCAAUCAUCUCAUUAUAUCCUAACAGCACCUGAUACAAAAUCAACACGCACACGUACGGGUGGUAAUACAGGAAAUGGAGCGCCAAGUGUCGACAUUCUCUAAAAAUUGGCUUGUGAAAAUUGAGAAGCACUAAGUGUAGCUAAAUUUACUUAUAGUAUUAUAUUACACAACAAAAACAAGCGAUGAAAAUGGAAAGUUACUUUAUAAUGUCAAUCAAAAUCAGUAUGGUAAAUUUCGUAAAUGCCACCCACACUCAUCCAGCAGCUACUGUGACAUUGAUUUUUUUUUUUUUGAUGUUGCCGAAAAUUUAUUUUUGCUUUGUUUUGUUGACUUGAAGAUACUUCUUGGAAACCACUCGCUGUCUCGUUGACAAACAAAAAACUUUUUUUUUUGAAGGAGCUAAUUUAGCGCAUUUUCUAUGGUUUGGUAUAGAAAGAUAUAGCUGAGGAUACUUUGUCUAGAAUGCUGUUGAAUUUUCCUUGAAGGAUUCUGGGCUAAAUCUGAAUAAUAGAGUUGAUCUAGAUCUCAAGGGGUAUGAAACUAAGUUAUAUUUAAGAAUCUUUGACUGAUUUAUCAGGUUAUUUGAUUUGCAAGGGGUG